AUGGCACUCGCCAGUCUAUCUAGGAUUUCGUCUAUUUGUGGUAACGGAUACUUAUCUUUAAUUUUUAUGUUAUUAAGAGAUCUAAAAUCAAUGCACAUUCGUAAUGAACCAUCCGGUUUCGUGACAGGAAAUAUUCUAAAACACCACGGACUAUUGCUAUUCCUUAUAAUUUUAGCUUUUAACAAUUUCUUUAUAAAUUUAUUCUUCGUAAUAAAUGUUAUUUUAUUAUUUCUUUCUAAAUUGGGCUUUUAUCCCCCGUGUUUAUUCUAUGUAUGUUCUGUACGUAGCUGUAUUUCAUUAAUUUCUGUAGUAAAUAGACUUUCAUAUUUUUGUAGCAUCAUCAUCUGUAUUUUGCUUGUUUCUGCUUCUAAACAUUGCAAAUCCUCUUUUUUAAAAAUUUUUGCCUACCUUUUUAAAAAUCUUUUUAUGACCACUAAGAUUAUUAAUUCAAGAGUUGCUAUUUUAAAUUAUUUGCCAGUACUAAGAACGUAA